AUAUCAAUAAUUAUAAUUAUAAAAAAUUGAAAAGCGGCAUCGAGAACAUAAACAUCAUAGGAAGGAGAGAGAGGAGGGGGUUGUGUAAUGUAACGGAACUUUUGAGAGUGUGUGUGGAGAAGACAACUGCCACCCGUUCCAAGGAGACAGAAGAAGAGAAGAGAGCCACCUCGUUGUUUGUUCCUCUUUUAUAUUCUAUCUAUCUAUCAAUCGCGCCUGCAAGAUUAGAUAGUAUAAUUAACCUACCCUCUAAUUUGUGUGUCUUCACGAGUUGAGUUUUCCUUUCAAGGCCCUCAUACGGCAACUCGAUCUGCUUUUUGUUCAUCCGCAAACCCUAACACAAAAUGUGGUGGAUGAUGAACGAGACCGGGGGCAACUACUGUUCAAAGAAGAGCGAUGAUUUGUGCAGCAAAGUUUGUGGCCAGGAAUCAAGUCAAGUUUCUGGCAUGUCAAGAAUCCGCUGCAUUUUGCGUGGCUUGGAUGUAAAGACCUACAUAUUCAUAUUUGCUGUGAUCCCAAUGUGCAUAUUUGGAAUAUACCUGCAUGGCCAGAAAAUCUCGUACUUUCUGCGACCCCUGUGGGAAAAACCACCGAAGCCAUUCCAUGUCAUCCCCCAUUACUAUAACCAGAAUGUGUCCAUGGAGAAUCUAUGCAAACUUCAUGGAUGGGGAGUCCGUGAGUUUCCAAGGCGUGUUUACGAUGCUGUGUUGUUCAGUAACGAGAUUGAAAUACUCAAUUUGCGGUGGAGAGAAUUGUACCCUUACGUUAAUGAGUUUGUGCUCCUUGAAUCAAAUUCUACAUUCACUGGAUUGCCUAAGCCUCUGGUUUUUAAGAGCCAUCGCCACGAGUUCGAGUUUGCAGAGCCCCGGUUAACUUAUGGAACUAUUGGUGGCAGAUUUAGGAAAGGAGAAAACCCAUUUGUUGAGGAGGCAUAUCAGCGCGUAGCAUUGGACCAGCUUCUCAGGAUAGCCGGUAUAACAGAUGAUGAUUUGUUGAUCAUGUCUGAUGUUGACGAGAUACCAAGUGCCCACACUAUUAAUCUCCUGAGAUGGUGUGAUGAAAUUCCUUCAAUCAUUCAUCUCCAGCUGAAGAACUAUCUAUACUCAUUUGAGUUUCGUUUGGAUGAUAAGAGCUGGAGGGCUUCGGUUCAUAGGUAUCAGACUGGGAAGACAAGGUAUGCUCAUUAUCGCCAGUCGGAUAUCUUAUUGGCAGAUUCUGGGUGGCAUUGUAGCUUUUGCUUCAGGCGCAUCAGUGAUUUUGUUUUCAAGAUGAAAGCCUACAGCCAUUAUGAUAGAGUCAGGUUCUCUCAUUAUUUAAAUCCAGAUAGAAUCCAGAGUGUUAUCUGCUCUGGGGCUGAUUUAUUCGACAUGCUGCCUGAGGAGUACACUUUCAAGGAAAUCAUUGGCAAAAUGGGACCGAUACCCCAUUCCUAUUCUGCAGUUCAUCUUCCUGCUUAUCUCUUGGAAAAUGCAGAUAAGUAUAAGUUCUUGUUACCCGGAAACUGCAUGAGAGAGAGAUGAUCCUGGAAACUCAUCCAUGAGACUGAUUUUCUUGCUAAGCUUUUUGUUAGCUUGUGCAGCAGCUUAAGGUGGUGACUCCUCUCAGGUGUGUGAACUGAGGUUCUGUUCUGGUGAUUGUGUGUCACUUCUAUAGGGCUGUAUCAUUGUCCAGUGAGAUAUUCUUUGAGAAAUUCCUUGAGUUCAGACAAAUUCUUUUGACUUUGAGGUGAGGAACUCUUGUACAUAGCUUAGAGGUGCACCUCAUUCAAGGGGGGGAGCAGUAUCUAUUCUUCUGAAGAGCGAUUUGAAAGUGCUGUUUAGGAACAUGCUUGCCAUGAUUGAACUCCGUGUUUAUUUGGUAUUUUAGUGUGGCUGUGAUCCCCAGAUAUACCAUAGAGUAGCUUAAAGUUUCCCUACCUUUUUCCCGGUUGGGAAUUUUUGUUCUGCCAGACCAAUUCAUUUUCUUCUAUUCUUUAGUUGGUUAUCA